AAUAUGCAUAAUCUGAAAAUGCUUCAUUCUGAUUGUUUUGCUUUUGACUCUCACAGGCGUCUGUACAGACCUGACUUCAGUUCAGCAGGAGAUCGUGGAUCUACACAACGCCUACCGAAGGACUGUGAAGCCGCCUGCCAGCAACAUGCUGAAAAUGCGUUGGAGCGAUGCAGUGGCAGAGUCAGCUCAAGGCUGGAUUGAUCAGUGUAACAUGACACAUGGACCACCGAGCAGCCGUCUGAUUGACGGAUAUGAAAUGGGUGAAAAUCUCUUCAAGGGCUCUGCGCUUUAUUCAUGGACUGAUGUGAUAAAUGCCUGGCACAGCGAAGUCAACAAUUAUGAAUAUCCCACCGGAUCCACCAACGGUCAGCCGACUGGACAUUACACACAGGUGGUGUGGUACAGCUCGUAUGAGGUCGGUUGUGCCGUGGCUAAGUGUGGAAGCUCCUACUUCUACGGAUGCCAUUACUACAGAGCAGGGAAUUUCAGAGGAGUCCCACCGUACUCGCUGGGUGAUCCAUGUGCUGCCUGUCCGGACCACUGUGAAGACGAUCUGUGCACUAAUCCCUGUCCGUACGUCAACACGGUCACCAAUUGCGAUGAACUGAAAGAGAUGGCCACUUGUGACCACUCCCUGGUGAGCCAGUGGUGUCCAGCCAGUUGUCAAUGUGAAGACAAAAUCAUCCCCAUUGCGAGGAAAUGAAAUCUACCAUGACCAUAUAUCAAAUGAAGCACAGGCUUUUUUGGAGAGUUGAUGCACAUCUUACCUAUAAUGUGAAAUAUAUAUUCUAACUUC